CCCCUCCGUCCGCGCUCGCCCGCCCGGCCGCGCCGUCCAGGAUGAGCCCGCGCUACUUCCUGCGCUCGCUGCUGCUGCUGAUCCUCGCCGCCUUCUCGGCCAACGCCAGCAACUGGCUAUAUUUGGCAAAGCUGUCUUCUGUGGGAAGCAUCUCUGAGGAAGAGACCUGCGAGAAGCUGAAGGGUCUGAUCCAGCGGCAGGUGCAGAUGUGCAAGAGGAACUUGGAGGUCAUGGACUCGGUGCGCCGGGGGGCACAGCUGGCCAUUGAGGAGUGCCAGUUCCAGUUCCGCAACCGCCGUUGGAACUGCUCUAUGUUGGACAGCCUGCCAGUCUUUGGGAAAGUGGUAACACAAGGGACGCGGGAGGCCGCCUUUGUGUAUGCAAUUUCCUCCGCUGGCGUUGCCUUUGCCGUGACAAGGGCAUGCAGCAGCGGGGAACUCGACAAAUGCGGGUGCGACCGCACGGUCCAUGGGGUCAGCCCUCAGGGCUUCCAGUGGUCCGGCUGUUCCGACAACAUUGCCUACGGGGUGGCCUUCUCUCAGUCCUUCGUUGACGUCAGGGAGAGGAGCAAAGGGGCUUCCUCCAGCAGGGCGCUCAUGAACCUUCACAACAACGAAGCCGGGAGGAAGGCCAUCCUGAACCACAUGCGGGUGGAGUGCAAGUGCCACGGCGUGUCUGGCUCGUGCGAGGUGAAGACCUGCUGGAAGGCCAUGCCCCCCUUCCGCAAAGUGGGCAACGUGCUGAAGGAGAAGUUCGACGGGGCCACGGAGGUCGAGCAGCGGAAGGUGGGCUCCACCAAGGUGCUAGUCCCCAAGAACUCCCAGUUCAAGCCCCACACGGACGAGGACCUGGUCUACCUGGACUCCAGCCCCGACUUCUGCGAGCACGACUUGAGGAACGGUGUCCUGGGCACCAGCGGCAGGCACUGCAACAAGACUUCCAAGGCCAUCGACGGCUGCGAGCUGAUGUGCUGCGGCCGCGGCUUCCACACGGACGAGGUGGAGGUGGUGGAGCGGUGCAGCUGCAAGUUCCACUGGUGCUGCUUUGUCAAGUGUAAACAGUGCCACCGCGUGGCAGAGAUGCACACCUGCCGGUGACGUGGGCAGAGCAGACUCCGUGGCCGGAGGAGGGCCCAGAGACCGCCUCGGGGUUGCCCCGCUUGGGAGACGCUUCAAAGGGAAACAGAUUUUUUUUUU